AUUCUCCUCCUUCGCCGCUCACCCAAAAAUGACAACCCGCUUCAAGAAGAACCGCAAGAAGCGAGGCCAUGUGAGCGCUGGGCACGGCCGCAUCGGAAAGCACCGUAAGCACCCGGGGGGUCGAGGUAACGCCGGAGGGAUGCACCACCACCGAAUCCUCUUCGACAAGUACCACCCGGGCUUCUUCGGCAAGGUCGGCAUGAGGUACUUCCACAGGCUGCGCAACAAGUUUCACUGCCCCAUUGUCAACGUCGACAAGCUGUGGUCGCUCGUGCCCCAGGAGGUCAAGGACAAGGCAUCCAAGGACAACGUGCCGUUGCUCGACGUAACCCAGUUCGGCUACUUCAAGGUACUAGGCAAGGGGCUCUUGCCCGAGAAUCAGCCCUUCGUGGUCAAGGCCAAGCUGGUGUCCAAGACCGCUGAGAAGAAGAUCAAGGAAGCAGGUGGGGCGGUCGUUCUCACCGCUUAGGAGGUUAUUGGGUAUUUAAUUUUGUGGGUUUUAAUCUGAACUAGAUUGUUUAAUUGCUGUUGCAAUUGGAUCUGAUAUUUGGAUAUCAUAUAUUUUAGAAAAUGUUACAAGUUUCAUGUUUUGCUAUGAA